AACAAUAAAAUUUUCCCUCUUGCUCCUUCUACCUUCUCAAUUAGUUAGCACAAUCCCAAACCAGAAUCUUCCAAUUUCUCAAGUGUGAGACUGUCACUAACAGAGGUUUGUUUGUUGACUUCACCAACCAAGUUUCUCUUCUCAGAUCCAACUGCAACUGACUCGGCCGAGUCACUCACUGAGUUGGAGCGGAGGGGACUCGGGCAAUGCCAUCGCGAUAGCAACCCUGCGAUUUCCCGAAUGCAGAGCGCGUCAUCUUCAUCAUCGUCGCAGGCGUCGCCGGAGGCCAUUGUGGAAUGGCUGAAGAAGGAGAUGGGUUACCGGCCGCUCCCUCAGCACGCCGCCGCCGGCAAGUCGCACACGCCGUCGGUGGAGUCGAUCCGGAAGAUUUGCCGGGGGAACAUGAUCCCGGUCUGGAACUUUCUCGUCACGCGCGCCAAGUCCGAGAAGACGGUGCGGAACAUCCGCCGGAAUAUUACUGUCCACGGCGACGGGGGGAGGAAGAAGGAGAAGGUGAUGGCCGGGGAGGGCUCGGAGACGAGGGAGGCCGCGGUGCAGGAGAGGGAUUUGGCGGCGAAGGAGGUCGAGAGGUUGAGGAACGCCGUGAGGAGGCAGCGGAAGGAUUUGAGGGCGAGGAUGCUUGAGGUUUCGAGAGAGGAGGCUGAGAGGAAGAGGAUGCUUGAUGAACGAGCCAAUUACAGGCAUAAACAAGUGGUGUUGGAGGCUUAUGAUCGACAGUGUGAUGAAGCUGCAAAAAUAUUUGCUGAAUAUCAUAAGCGGCUCUGUUACUAUACAAAUCAAGCGAGGGAUGCUCAAAGAUCGGGUGUGGAUUCUUCCGUUGAAAUGGUGAAUAGUUUUAGUGCCAAAAGUGAGCAGGAAGCUGUUUAUUCUACUGUUAAAAGCAGUAAAUCUGCAGAUGAUGUCAUUCUCAUUGAAACCACAAGGGACAAGAAUAUUAGAAAGGCUUGUGAAUCUCUUGUAGCUUACAUGGUUGAUAAAAUACGCAGUUCUUUUCCUGCUUAUGAGGGAAGUGGCAUUCAUUCAAAUCCUCAGGCAGAAGCAGCGAAGUUGGGGUUUGAUUUUGAUGGGCAAAUUCCUGAUGAGGUUAGAACUGUUCUUGUAAAUUGCCUAAAGAGUCCUCCCCAAUUGCUACAGGCAAUUACUGCAUACACUUCUCGCCUGAAAAGUCUAAUUUCCAGAGAAAUAGAGAAAAUUGAUGUUAGAGCUGAUGCAGAGACCUUGAGGUACAAAUAUGAAAAUAACAUAGUUAUGGAUGUUUCUUCUUCUGACGGGAGCUCUCCUCUACAGUAUCAACUUUAUGGAAAUGGAAAACUCGGGGUUGAUGUGCCUCCUGGAGGAAGUCAAAAUCAGCUUCUUGAAAGACAGAAAGCUCACGUUCAGCAGUUUUUGGCUACGGAAGAUGCACUAAACAAGGCUGCAGAAGCAAGGGAUUUGAGUGAAAAGCUUAUCAAACGUCUGCAAGUAGGAACUGAUGUUUCAUCGCGCCCAAUUGGUAUUGGUAGCACAUCCCAGAAUGUUGGAAGUCUUAGACAACUAGAGCUAGAUGUUUGGGCGAAGGAAAGAGAAGUUGCUGGUUUAAAGGCAAGCCUAAAUACCUUGAUGUCUGAAAUUCAACGCUUGAAUAAAUUGUGUGCUGAGAGGAAAGAAGCUGAAGAUUCUCUGAAGAAAAAAUGGAAAAAGAUUGAAGAGUUUGAUGGUCGUAGAUCAGAACUUGAGACCAUAUACACGGCACUCCUUAAAGCAAAUAUGGAUGCUGCUACAUUUUGGAGUCAGCAACCAUUAACUGCUAGGGAGUAUGCUUCAAGCACUAUAAUUCCAGCAUGUACUGUAGUUGUUGAGGCUUCAAAUAGUGCGAAAGAUCUUAUUGAGAAAGAAGUGUCUACCUUUUAUCGGUGUCCCGAUAAUAGCCUCUAUAUGCUUCCCUCUUCAUCCCAGGCAUUGCUUGAGGCCAUAGGUACUAGUGGAUUACCUGGACAAGAAGCAGUUGCCAAUGCAGAACUAAAUGCUGCUAUUUUAACAGCGAGAGCUGGUGCUCGGGACCCAUCAGCAAUUCCAUCAAUAUGUCGUGUUUCAGCUGCACUUCAGUAUCCUUCUGGCCUGGAGGGUUCAGAUGCUGGUCUAGCAUCGGUACUGGAGUCCCUGGAGUUCUGUUUGAAACUCCGUGGAUCUGAAGCUAGUGUGUUGGAAGAUUUAUUAAAGGCUAUUAAUCUUGUCCAUAUUAGACGAGAUCUUGUUCAAAGUGGUAAUGCCUUGUUGAAUCAUGCCUACUGUGUUCAGCAGGAAUAUGAAAGGACAACAAAUUUUUCUUUAAAUUUGGCUGCAGAACAAGAGAAAGCUGUCAUGGAGAAAUGGUUGCCUGAGCUCAAGGCUUCUGUUUCGAAUGCUCAGCAGAGCUUUGAAGAUUGCAAAUAUGUUAGGGGACUGCUUGAUGAGUGGUGGGAGCAACCUGCAGCCACAGUUGUUGACUGGGUAAAAGUGGAUGGGCAAAAUGUAGCUGCCUGGCAUAAUCAUGUGAAGCAGCUUCUUGCAUUUUAUGAUAAGGAGCUAUUGUGAAUAGAUUUAUAGAGCACCUGCAGUGAAUGAAAAUUUCUGAAGUCAUUUAUCUAUACGUUUCACAUUUUCGCUGUCAACAUUGAAGGCGUUAUAAUCUGCAGCCUCAGAAAUGCUGUGCAGCAGGUACUUCAAGCAGUGAUAGAUGAAGAGUCGAAGACCUUAAGAACAAGAAAGAAACCUGUCCUAACUUGUUGAUUUUUUUACAGAAGUAUAUGUAUUAUAUGUCAUGUUAGAUUUUAGGUAGUGGGUUGGGUUGUUCUUUUGAAUUCUAAGUGAUGAGUGGUAUUGAAUAUUCUGAUUGUAGAGCUUUGUAAUUUGAUUUAAUAUCUGGCAGCUAACUGAAGCUGGAGCCAUUUUCAGCUUCAUUCACUGCACCUUGUUUUGAACUGGUGUACACGUUUAGAGCUAUUCAGAAACAAAACAAAAAAGACUCAAAAUUUGGUGAGGUGAUGCCAGUGUUGCGUGACUCAUUUUUGUUUUAACUUUUAACCCACAAAGCUAGUUGUAGUAAUGACUUGAUGGCAA